AUGAACUCCUUGAGAAGACUGUUCUCCUCCGUUCCUGGUGCUGUGGAAAUCUAUCGCGCUGGAAAUCGAUUAAAGUUCUACCGUGGCUUCGGACUGUUUUGCUUUGGUCACACGGUUUUGUGGUCCUGUCUGACUUAUUACCAAGGUUGGUACAAAAACACGGAAGGUGAAACGCUGCAAAAGAAUCUCAUCCAGUUACAAUCCAAGCUGGGUGAGCUGCUCCGAACUGAACUGUCCACGGAGACCACAUUGGAUAGCAAUGCAUCGUCCGCUGACUCGGUUCCGAAAAAAGACAGUUUCUUCUCCUCUGUAAUCAAGAAAGCCCGGAAGUUCUCUGAUGAAACAAAGGAGUAUGAUAAGGCGUUGAUUCCUAUCCUCACUACUGCAUUUGGUGAGUUAGGCUAUUUUUAG